AUGGCGGGAGGUCGACAAGGAGGUCGGAGAAGAAGAAGAUUAAAUCUGAGCAACAUAUACGGCUUCGGAUGUCGUAAAUCGAGUUUCCAAGAAGACCAUUCACACAUAGGAGGACCUGGCUUCUCACGAGUUGUUUACUGCAACGAGCCCAAUUCUCCGGCGGCCGAACGGCGUAACUACACCGGAAACUACGUCCGGUCAACGAAAUACACUCUGGCUUCUUUCGUACCCAAAUCUCUGUUCGAGCAGUUCCGCCGCGUCGCCAAUUUCUACUUCCUCGUCACCGGGUUCUUGUCGUUGACUGCUCUCUCUCCUUACGGAUCCGUUAGUGCUCUGUUACCUCUCGGCCUCGUCAUUGCCGCGAGUAUGGUCAAAGAAGCAAUCGAAGAUUGGGGACGAAAGCGACAGGAUAUAGAAGUGAAUAACAGGAAAGUGAAGGUCCACGACGGAAACGGAAUAUUCCGGCAAGAGGAAUGGAGGCAUCUACAAGUCGGAGAUAUAGUGAGAGUUGAGAAAGACGAGUUUUUUCCGGCGGAUCUUUUGCUUUUGUCGUCUAGCUACGAGGACUCGAUUUGCUACGUAGAGACGAUGAAUCUCGACGGAGAAACGAAUCUGAAAGUCAAACAAGGCUUAGAAGCGACUUCCUCUGCUUUACACGAAGACUCCGAUUUCAAAGAGUUAAAAGCCGUCGUCAGAUGCGAAGACCCAAAUGCAGAUCUCUACACAUUCGUCGGAACUUUACAUUUGGAAGAACAGAGACUCCCAUUGUCGAUUCAACAGCUUCUUCUUCGAGAUUCUAAGCUUAGAAAUACAGAGUAUGUCUACGGAGCUGUUGUCUUCACUGGACACGACACAAAGGUGAUUCAGAAUUCGACUGAUCCUCCAUCGAAGAGAAGCAGAAUCGAGAGAAAAAUGGACAAAAUCAUCUACCUGAUGUUCGGUGUAGUGUUUCUCAUGUCGUUCAUCGGAUCGAUCUUCUUCGGCGUUGAGACAAGAGACGAUAGAGUGAGAGCUGGAGGAAGAACAAAGAGAUGGUACUUGAAACCAGACGAAGCAGAGAUCUUCUUCGAUCCAGAAAAAGCUCCAACGGCUGCGAUUUUCCAUUUCCUCUCCGCAGUUAUGCUGUACAGUUACUUCAUCCCGAUCUCUCUCUACGUCUCCAUCGAGAUCGUCAAAGUUCUUCAGAGCGUGUUCAUCAACAACGACGUCCACAUGUACUACGAGGAAACGGACAAGCCCGCGCACGCGAGAACGUCGAACCUCAACGAAGAGCUUGGCAUGGUGGACACCAUCCUCUCCGAUAAAACCGGAACCUUGACAUGCAAUUCAAUGGAGUUUAUCAAGUGCUCUAUCGCUGGAACUGCGUAUGGACGUGGAAUAACGGAAGUUGAAAGAUCUAUGGCUAUGAGAAGCGGAGGUUCUGCUUUGGUUGAUGAUGAUUUGGAUGUUGUUGUGGACAAGUCUGUUCCUAAGAUCAAAGGGUUUAACUUCGAGGACGAGAGAGUUAUGAAAGGGAAUUGGGUUAAGCAGCGAGAAGCAGAGGUUUUGCAGAGGUUUUUCAGGUUGUUGGCCGUUUGUCACACGGCUAUACCUGAAACCGAUGAAGCCACUGGGAGUGUCUCUUAUGAAGCUGAGUCUCCUGAUGAAGCUGCGUUUGUCGUCGCUGCUCGAGAGCUCGGGUUUGAGUUCUUUAGCCGAACGCAGAACGGUAUCUCGUUCCGUGAAUUGGAUCUUGCAACAGGGCAGAAAGUAGAAAGAGAAUAUCGGUUAUUGAACGUUCUUGAGUUUAACAGCACAAGGAAGAGAAUGUCUGUGAUUGUGCGUGAUGAAGAUGGGAAGCUUCUAUUACUGUCUAAAGGAGCUGACAAUGUAAUGUUUGAGAGGCUUGCGAAGAACGGGCGUAGAUUCGAAGAGGAAACACGACAACAUGUGAAUGAAUAUGCAGAUGCAGGGCUAAGGACAUUGAUACUCGCGUACCGAGAGGUUGAUGAGAGUGAGUAUACAGAAUUCAGCAAGAACUUUGACGAAGCUAAGAGCUCAGUGUCAGCGGAUCGUGAGAACUUGAUCGAUGAGAUCACGGAUCAUAUGGAACGAGAUUUGAUUCUCCUUGGUGCUACUGCCGUUGAAGACAAGCUUCAAAAUGGGGUUCCGGAUUGUAUCGACAAGCUUGCUCAAGCAGGAAUCAAGAUUUGGGUUCUCACAGGAGACAAAAUGGAGACAGCAAUCAAUAUAGGAUUUGCUUGUAGUUUACUUAGACAAGAAAUGAAGCAGAUCAUUAUAAACCUUGAGACGCAAGAUAUCAAAGCAUUGGAGAAAGCUGGAGAGAAAGAUGAGAUUGAAAAGGCAUCGAGAGAAAGCGUCGUGAAGCAAAUGGAAGAAGGGAAAGCUCUCAUCACAGGAUCAAGCGGCUCGGGAUCAAACGAGGCGUUUGCUUUGAUCAUUGAUGGGAAGUCGCUAACGUACGCUCUUGAAGAUGAUUUCAAGAAGAAGUUUCUUGAUUUAGCCACAGGAUGUGCCUCUGUUAUCUGCUGCAGAUCAUCACCUAAACAAAAGUCAUUGGUUACGCGGUUGGUCAAAACUGGAACCGGGAAGACAACUUUAGCGAUUGGAGAUGGAGCAAACGAUGUUGGAAUGCUUCAAGAAGCAGACAUUGGUGUUGGAAUCAGCGGUGUUGAGGGGAUGCAAGCUGUUAUGUCUAGCGAUAUAGCCAUCGCUCAGUUCCGAUACUUAGAGCGUCUCUUGCUCGUCCAUGGUCACUGGUGCUACAGCAGAAUCUCAUCAAUGAUUUGUUACUUCUUCUACAAGAAUAUAACGUUUGGUGUCACCGUUUUCUUAUACGAAGCCUACACAUCCUUCUCUGCUCAACCUGCAUAUAACGACUGGUUUUUAUCGCUUUUCAACGUCUUCUUCUCUUCGCUUCCCGUAAUUGCUCUUGGAGUUUUUGAUCAAGACGUAUCAGCUCGCUUCUGUUACAAGUUCCCGUUGCUAUACCAAGAAGGAGUUCAAAAUCUUCUCUUCAGCUGGAAGAGGAUCAUCGGAUGGAUGCUCAACGGACUCAUGACAGCCCUUGCGAUUUUCUUCAUCUGCAAGGAAUCUCUAAAACACCAACUCUACAACCCUAACGGCAAAACCGCCGGCCGAGAAAUCCUCGGAGGGACAAUGUACACUUGUGUAGUCUGGGUGGUCAAUCUACAAAUGGCUUUAGCCAUAAGCUAUUUCACUUGGGUCCAACACAUUGUAAUUUGGGGCUCAGUUGCUUUCUGGUACAUCUUUCUCAUGAUAUAUGGAGCCAUGGCUCCUAGCUUCUCCACAGAUGCUUACAAAGUCUUCAUCGAAGCCCUAGCUCCAGCUCCAUCUUACUGGCUCACCACUCUCUUCGUGAUGAUCUUGGCUUUGAUCCCUUACUUUGUCUUCAAAUCGGUUCAGAUGAGAUUCUUCCCGGGUUACCAUCAAAUGAUUCAGUGGAUCCGGUACGAAGGUCAUUCAAAUGAUCCUGAAUUUGUGGAAAUGGUUAGGCAAAGAUCGAUUCGGCCCACGACGGUUGGUUUCACGGCUAGAAGAGCCGCUAGUGUACGACGGUCAGGUAGGUUUCAUGAUCAGCUUAAUAAGAAUUUCAUUGCUUUCUGA